AUGUUGCAAACCCUCGGCCUCUUAUAUGUGAUCAUAACUUCUGAUUUGACCGGCUUGGCACACGGCUUAUCGACUUUCCAAUGGCCCAACCCUCAGUUGGCUUAUGCAGAUAAAAUGCUGUAUGAGAGUACUUUGGGUCUUCUAGCACAAGGCUGCCCCCCGCGAAACAAUUCAACAGUCCCUGCACAGUGGCUUCGCAUCGCAUACCAUGAUAUGUCGACGCACGAUGUCGAUGACGGGACGGGGGGGUUGGACGCUUCGAUUCAAUUUGAGCUCGAUCGACCUCAGAAUAUCGGACAAGGAAUGUUUGACUCAUUAAAUGAUUUCAGAGAUUUUGUCGCUGGUGCUCCAUUUUUGGGAACGGCAGAUACAAUAGCACUAGGAGCCAUAUUUGCUCUAGCAGGAUGCGGGGGUCCUGUUAUCCCUUUCAGCGCUGGUCGUGUCGACGCAACUGAGGCCGGACCAGAAACCGUUCCAGAACCUCAACAGGAUCUGGCCUCGCACACGGAAGCCUUCCGACGUCAGGGAUUUACUCCCACAGAAAUGAUAAGUCUUGUCGCGUGCGGACAUACCCUUGGAGGAGUUAGACAAGUGGAUUUCCCCUUGGUUGUGACAAACACUGAAGACUUCCUCCAAACAUUCGACACUACUACUAAUUUCGAUAACGCAGUUGUAUCUGAAUACCUCCAAAACACCACUCAGAAUAUCCUUGUCGUUGGACCGAACGUUACCACCAGGUCGGACUUCCGCAUAUUUUCGAGUGACGGAAAUUUACAUAGCUUCCUUUCCUCCGACACGUUCAACGAAACUUGCGGGAACCUAAUUGAGCGAAUGAUUAACACUGUUCCCAGUGGUGUGACCCUCGCUCAACCUAUCUCCGAGCCAUUCGACUACGUUGUCUCUGAGCCCUUGUUUUCAUACCGGAAUGGUACAAUGUCCAUGGCUACUACACUGCGAAUUGUUAAUCCUAGUGACAACCCUAGUCGAACGGUAACCAUGCUCUGGGCCGAUAGACAAGGGUCAUCCUGCUCGUCCACUGGAUGUACCUCGCCAUCCACACACUUUGUUCAAGUUUUCCUCGGUCUCAUCGGUGAUAUACAAGGUCUUACCGCAGACCGAUACGCGUUCAACGCAACUAUCAACGCGACUACCUCAAUCUCAAAGUUUUGGUUCGAGAUCAACGAAAACGAUGGCUCCGACCCCGUUAUAGUGGACAACGGUGGCUCUAGUUUUGCCAUUGGACAAGAUUCGGUGUUUAUAGAUAACAGUCGCAGCGAGUUUGUGAUUUUCUCUAGCUCCUUAAUCAAUUAUCAGAAAGUUGUUAUGGCGGUCCGCGGUGACGCUUCUUCCAGCGUGUCGAUUACUACGUUUGAUCCACACACAAAUACUUCAACUCCUCCUUACUUGCCCACAAUCAUUACAACGAAUUUACAACUCGACGACAGCAAUCCGGCCGAAGGAGAAUUCACUUUCUUUACUGCGAAUGUUAGUAGCACUGUGACCUUUUUGAAUAUCUCUGGGAAUAUCGGUGGCGUGUCAUAUACUCAAGAGAACUUUGACAUGACAGUGGUUGAUUUUCCUUUCGUGUCAAUUUCUCAGUGA